AUGACCGAUUUGGUUCCUGGAGAUGGACAGAAGAAAGCCGAUGCUCCGACAAGCGCCGAGGGUCGACGUAAUUCUUCUUCCGGAAGUGUUGAUCUCGAUGGCGCUGCGGAUGGGUCGGCUGUGGUCCGCGGUAAGUUCUCGGAGCCUUACGUACUUCUUAGGAGGAUUUUGAGAGAGGAAUUGGGCGGCGGCGGCGGCGACGGUGGUGGGCAUAGGCUUCUAGUCGCGGCGGUGCACGCGGUUAUGCAGGAGUCCGGCUUUGUCGCGGUUGACCCGGCGACCAGAAUGCCCGCCGAUCAGCGGCCGCCGUCGACGGCGUUCGCCAUGUCCUUGUGGUACAGCCUGCCUGAGCUCGUGGCUCGGGAGCAGGGUCUGAACAUGUCCGAGCGGGUGCUUUUGAAGUUUCAGAGCCUUGGUCAUUUCAUCACUGUCUAUGGAAUUCUAGCCAAAGCCAAGCUGGGUUUGCGUAGGGUCUGUUUGGAUGAGCGCAGGUUUGCUCCUGCUAUAGACUUGAUCAGGGCAAAAGGCGAUGACGACGACGAUGAGGUGGAAGCGAAUGAGGAUGGUGGUUCUUCGACCUCGUAUCCCCUGAAAGAAGUGUUCGAGUUUUCGAUGCUUGUGAAAGAUGGCUUGGCAUUGCCGCUCUUGAUAGACCUAGCCGAAAGGGCUGGCUUGCCGGUCCCGUCCUGUUUCGCACACCUUCCCGCGGAACUGAAGCUCAAGAUUUUCGAAUCGCUUCCCGGCAUUGGCCUCGCGAGGGUAGGAUGCGCGUGUUCGGAACUUCGGGAUUUGACAUCCAAUGAUGACUUGUGGGAGCAAAAGUACGUGGAGGAGUUUGGAGGGCGGACGGCAAAAGGCGGAGGGAUGUUCAAUUGGAAGCAGCGUUUCGCACGGUCGUGGACGGCGAAGAAGAAGAGAAGACGGAGAGCAAUUGGUUUCAGACACCUUCGCUACUGGACAGGCCUUCCCCUUGUAGAAUUUGAAGGGGUCUCGGUACCUUAUUGCUUGAGGAAUUACAGGCGGUGA